GUUUCGUAGAGUAAUCUGCGAACAUCCUGAAAUUAGAAUAAUUUCUCGUUGAAUUUGCAUUAUAUCUUUAAUUAGUGCACUUCGUAAUUUUCAUUCUAAUCGCUAAUCUUUAGUUUUUCGAGUCCAUUAAAAAUAUCCACGCGCAAAAUUCAAGCUAACCUCACACAUCACAUCGCGUUUCACACAUCGCCAAGAUGGUGAAAAUUAUGAAGACAGGAAAAGUCGUGCUGGUCCUUAGUGGCCGGUACGCGGGUAGAAAAGCUAUCGUUAUGCGCAACUAUGAUGAUGGUACCACUGAAAAGCAGUAUGGACAUGCCAUGGUUGCUGGCAUUGAUCGAUAUCCUCGCAAAGUCCACAAAAGAAUGGGAAAAGGAAAGCUACAUAAACGUUCCAAAAUCAAGCCUUUUGUCAAGAUUUUAAAUUACAACCAUUUAAUGCCAACAAGAUAUACUGUAGACUUACAAUUGGAUAAAGUAGCUCCCAAAGACCUCAAGGAUCCAAUGAAACGCAAGAAGGUUCGUUUCCAGACCCGCGUCAAAUUUGAAGAGAGGUACAAAAAUGGCAAGAAUAAGUGGUUUUUCCAGAAGUUAAGAUUCUAAUUGUUUUUAAAUAAAAGUAUGACACAGAUGUGAAAAAAAGAA